AUGGCUAAAUUGAAAGUGCAGGGUAUCGAAUUAUGGGGACUCUUAGAUUCGGGGGCAGACCAAAGCAUUAUUAAAUCUACUGAUUGGCCAUGUAACUGGCCAACUCAAGAUUCAGCUCAAAUUCUGAGGGGUAUCGGAUAUGCUCAGGAGCCAAAGCGUAGUGCAGGAUUCCUCACUUGGCAGGAUGAUGAGGGUCAUUCUGGGGUGUUCCAGCCUUUUAUGUUGAACAUCCCCAUGAUGCUGUGGGGUCACGGCGUUAUGCAGGAAAUGGGGGUUAGACUUGUUACUGAAGACCUUUAUAGUCCCCAGAGCAAAAACAUGAUGAAAGCCAUGGGGUAUACUCCUGGAAGAGGGCUUGGCCUAUGCAAAGAUGGUCGCCAGUCACCCGUCCCAAUUAAGGAGAGGCAAUAUCGCAAGGGCCUGGGUUUUUCUUAG